CAGAUUUCUCGUACACUCACCGCAGCAGAGCCGUGAGAUCUCUUUCGAUCUUCGUGGACUGUCAAGUACUCGACCGACAGGUGCUACUGAGGCUAUAUUGCGUCUAGCUGCGCUGGGCAGGACGGAUCAAAGAAUCGCACGACUUCCUUCUAAGCAAAACUUGACAAUUCCGAAUAAGAUGACGUCUGCUACGAACACUAGGACGCCUUAUGUCGCUCGAACACCGGAGGCCACACAUUUUGCGCCGGACAUACCGCUGGUACGGCUGAAUAGAGCGCUAUCGUCAGCAUCGGUUCUGCAAAGCGAAACGCAACAGCCAGGCUCCUUCCUCAACCAUACAGCCCAUGCCUUCCAUGCCAGCUGGAAGAAGUUCUCAAUACGAUGCAGCGAGACGUUCCGAAACAACAUAGGACUCCUCAUGAUUGCAUUUUCGCAAGCAUUUGGAUCGUCGAUGAACGUGUUCGUCAAGAAGCUCAACAAUGUGGAUCCUGCGGUGUCUAUGUUUGAGCUCAUUACUGUUCGGAUGGCAAUUACAUGGAUGUGUUGCGUCAUAUAUAUGGUCGUCAUGAAGGUACCAGAUCCCAUUCUUGGCCCAAAGGGCGUUCGGUUGUUGCUUGUGUUUAGAGGCAUUUGCGGCUUCACGGGUGUCUUCGGACUGUACUAUUCUCUACAAUAUUUAUCCCUCUCAGAUGCAACGGUAUUGCAAUUCCUGGCGCCUAUGUGCACUGCGGUCGCCGGUGCCGUAGUCUUGAAGGAGGACUUCAAGCGCAGUCAAGCUGUUGCUAGCGCCUUCAGUCUUGUCGGUGUAGUACUCAUAGCGCGACCCACGUUUUUGUUUGGAGGCGCAUCGAACGAUGCUGCUUCAACGCCGUCGGUGGUCAUCGACGACCGAGCUAUCGGUGUAGAUUGGGUCACACCUGCGCAACGCUUGGCGGCUGUUGGAAUUUCGAUGAUAUCUGUCCUUGGAGCGACUGGGGCUUACACGACAAUUCGAGCAAUCGGCAAGCAAGCACACCCUAUGCACACAGUGAUCGCGUACGCUACCCAAUGUGUGAUAUACUCGACCAUUGCGAUGCUGAUCACGCGCGAGCCUUUCGUCAUCCCAACGCGAGUCGAGUGGAUUGUCAUGCUCGGAGCUAUUGGCAUAUUCGGGUUUUCGCUUCAGAUUUUAUUGACAAUGGGUCUUCAACGUAAGACAGCUGGUCGCGGCACUAUGGCAAUAUAUGUACAGAUCAUCUUUGCAACCUUCAACGAUUUGGUCUUCUUUCACUCAAUACCUUCUCCGUUAUCCAUUCUCGGGACAGUAAUCAUCCUAUCGUCUGCAAUCUACGUCGCACUGUCCAAGAAACCUCCGAGCAACCACAAGCGUAUGGGCAGCAUUAUCGGAAACCCGGAUGACCUUUCUGUUGAAGAGGGCUUACUGGCCAACCAGGAGGAUGAAGACAAGGUUGAAGACGUUGAGACGUUCAUAGAAGUCGUCACUGAGGGAUCCGUUGACAAUCCUCAACAGUCAGCUUAGACUGAUCAUUUCAUUCUUCUUUCUCCGAUGGUACUUUUCAAUCACCAACUUAGAUGUAGCAGGUACUAUUCCGCCGUUGGCUGGGUGCUUUGCACAUACUCGAGCGCUCAUAAUCUAGACGCUUGCGAGAAGGCGAGCUUAGUGCGGCGAUUAUUGUGAUUGAAAGCUGUUAAAUGCGAAGGAAACUCCAGCUGCUCUGUCUCCGAGUAGAAUACCUCGAGCUAGAAUACUGUCUAUCUGAGUGGAAUGAGCUGUGGCGCAAGAGAUUAUUGAGUUGUUUCG